AUGGGACUUCGUUAUUCUACUUAUCUAGAGGCUGUUGGAAAUGAGAAAAUUUAUGGCUGUAGGUCCUGCAAGACCCAUAUCUCGGUCUCUUCUGUUAUCUUAUCGAAGGACUACAUCUCAGAAAACGGAAGGGCGUAUUUGCUCAACAACGUUAUCAACACCAUCGAGUGUGUUGAGGAUGCUGAAAAAAUCGAAAUGCUCAGUGGAGUCUACUUGAUUUGCAAAAUCAAGUGCCACCAGUGCGACAAGGUCCUAGGCUGGAAGUAUCUCUUUUCCUACGACAAGUCCCAGAAUUUCAAAGUUGAUAAAUAUGUUUUGGAAUUGAAAAAACUAGCCAUUUGCUACUGA